GGGUGUUGCAGUCAGAAUCCCCCCUUGGUACAUUCUGGUGGAAGUUCGGACAAGGCAAAGGCGGUUCAGGCGCUAGGCAGCGCGUGAAAGCACGGGAGUUUCUGAUCGUGUGGUACCCUACUCAACUGUGGUCUACGAGCAGUGCAGUGGAACAACGAUUUGUACACUGGUAGGAUUCACAGCAACGGCAGCACUGCACACGUCUCGCUGGUCGGCAAACGGGUAGUUGUGCCACGCGUCGUCAUGUUAACGUUAGGUUUUAGGAUACUCGCGCAUAGCGCGGGGGAUAGUCGAUUUGGGCUGAAAGUGGCACUGCGUAACGUGCGGUAUACAGUCUUCUACUCAACGCUCCCCCCAUGUCCCGGUCGCCUCUCGCCCUCCUGCCCCUCUCCCCUCCCCGACUUCCCUUCUGCGCCCCUGGCGUCUCGCAGUCCCUCCCUCGCGCACCACUCGCCCGUCGCCCUGGUCCCCUCCGCCCUGCCCUGCCACCUCGUCGCCACCCACACCCGCCCCUUCCAUCCUCACUCCGCCCGCCCUUCCACAAGCACUCGCCAUCCAUCAUCCUUCCCCACGUCUCCUCUCCUCUUCCCGCACCCCUUUCCUCCGUUCCCUGUCCCCUCAAUUCCACCCUCGUCGUUCCCUCCUAGCACUGCGAGCAUCGCGGCUCAUGAGCAAUCGCGGAGGGGCAGCACUGUGCAGGGACUUCCAGAGGGGCAGCUGCCGCUGGGGAGCGCGCUGCAAGUUCGUGCACCAGGCGCCCGCACCCACCCAGCACGCACAGCGUGGCAACCGCUACGCCGAGCUCAGUGGGGAGUGGGGGGGGGGGGAGGAUGGGGAGGUGGUGGCAGGGGGCAGGGGGGAGGGGGAGGUGGAGGGGGGCGAGGAGGGCGCGGAGGGGGGAGUGGUGCAGGGCAGGGAGGGGGUGGGGGGCAGCAGAUUGUGCAGCGAGAGCACAGCUGCGUGGACCGCUUGGACUGUGAGUCGAUCAUAGCAGAGGAUGCGGAGAAGGAGCGCCCGCUGUGGAGGGCGUCCGUGUACGCGCACUGGAAGUAUCUGCCAUGCGAUGUGGGGUCAGAUGUGAGUCCUGAGGAGGCGCGCCUGCUCGCCUACACACAGGCACAGCAGGGAGUCCCCCUCCCAUCCAUUGUGGCAUCAGAGCGCGCCAUGCUUGCCAAUGCUGAUGCCGCCCACGCUGCCUUCCGCUCGCACCGCUACACCGGCCCUGUCAGACAGCCUCCCAGCGCUCCGCCCGCCAUGGCCUUCCCCCCCGCCACCUUUGCCCCGCCCUCCCCCCCUGCGUUCAUGGCGCCUCCAUCAGCCCCCAGUGCCCCCCUUGGUGCUGGCGGCAUGCUGUUCGGGAAAGUCAUUUCGCAAGCACGGCCUGCCACUGCCAUGGCACCAUCGCCCUUCUCCUCCUCACCCAUCUCCUCUUUCCCCACGCCCCAACAACCGUCACCCUUCCCCUUUGGCCCCUCUCAAGCCUUAGCAUCGCCCUCCCCCGCUGCUUCGCCCUUUACCCCCUUCUCUAGCGCCCCAUCUCCCUUCUCACCAGCAACUCCACAGCCCCACCUGCUAUUUGGACAACCCACCGCCUCGCCCUUCCAUCCCGCCCCUUCAUCCUCCCCCUUCGCCACUGUCCCGUCACCUGCCCCCUUCGCCCCACUCGCCGCUGCCAGCCCAUCGCCCCUGCCCUCCUUCCCCCAGCCCGCUGCCGCCGUGCACGUGCCUGGUAGCAGCGCAGCCAGUGUUGGGGGCGUGGGCGGUGGAGAGGGGUCCGUGUGGAGCAGUGGGCGGUGGAGGCUUGGAGAGAUACCGGAAGAGGAGCCGCCUCCGGCUGUCUGCGUGUGAAACGAGCAAUUCUAGAGCCACCUACGCCGCAGUGCUCAAAGCUGCCAGCCAGCGGCAAUCAGAUGGGGUAGUGCAGGCCCUCCGAACCGAAUGCUGGCCCUCUAUGAAGCACCACUUUGCCAGGAGCAAUCAGAUGGGGUAGUGCAUUUGACAGUAUUGUAUCAUGGAAUGUUGGGGUUAGCGCAUGUUGGGCUGAGAAAUGCCCUUAGGAUCUUUUCAGAGACUGUCCCAGUUGAAGAUUGAGACUUGAGUAGUGCAGCGGAAGUUGAGGCAGUUGAACCCUUGUACUAGUAUAUGAGAACAAUUGAAGAUUGAGACUUGAGUAGUGCAGCGGAAGUUGAGGCAGUUGAACCCUUGUACUAGUAUAUGAGAACAAGUGAUAAUUAAAGAAACAAGCAUACA